GUAUAGAUUCUGGAGAUAAAACAAAAGAAAACCCAGAAACAAACAUUGGAAAACUAAGCCCAAAAAAAAAAAAAAGGAUUGAAGUUAAUGGAAGGAUGGUCAAAUUUGAGAGAUGAGUCAGGUUUACGUGAAGUGAAAAUUAUUCAAGAUUGUGAAAGGAAAAAAGAGUCUGCUUCUGAUCAUGAUUUUAGUUUAGUGGAAUGUGGUUUUGAUGAAUGCAAGAAUAGGCUUAGGGGAUUGUUCAAUGACGUUCUUGUGAAUUUUCUCAGGGAAAGAAGUGUUAAUAAAUGUAUUAGGCCUUUACCUGUGUUGUGCGCCAAUGAUGAGCUUGUUGAUUUGUUUAAGCUUUUUUGGGUUGUCAGAAAAUUAGGUGGAUAUGAUUCCACUUCGAGGAAAAAUUUGUGGGGUUUUGUAGCUGAGGAAUGUGGGCUUGGUUUUGGGGCGGUUGCAUCCGUAAAAUUGAUUUAUGUUAAGUAUUUGAAUGAGCUUGAUCACUGGUUGUGGCAGGGAUAUUCAGAUAGUAUUGAGGAUAGAUUUGCUAAAAAUUUGGACGAGUUGGUAGACGAGUUGAGGAAAGGUAGUGCAGAUUUGAUGGAGGUACAGCGAAAAGUUGAAAAGGAAGAUGUAAAGCGUGUUAAAUCUAAGUUUGAUAAGUCUCGAAAUGCAACUGAUCGUAGUAAGAGAUCAGUACACUAUUCAUCCGGUGCAAACAUUAAUGAAGUGCAUGAUUCCAGUGAAGGAUGUGUUGACGGCGGUGAAAAAUUUUACCUUGACAGUGACAAUGAUUUGGUAUCAUCAGCCAAGCAAGUUAUUCAAAAAGUUAUAAAAGAAGUAAAUGGAUUUUCAAAAGAAAAAACUUGUGAUGACGACAAUAAAACCUGUUCCCAAAAUGAGAAUGAUGUCAGUCUGUCAGCUGAGAAGGUCAUUGAGAAAGCCAUCAUUAAUUUACAUGACAUUAAAGUGGACACUCCUGAGCAGGGUUUUGAUGUGCAAAGUAGUGGUAAUGUCAUGUUAUCAACCAGAAAUGCUGUUGACAAAGUUGUAGAUUCUCGGAAGAGGAAGCGAGAAUCUUCAUCAUUGUCAGCAAUGCUUAGCUGGGUGAAAAAUACAGCUAAACAUCCUGAUGAUCUUAGUAUUGGGAGAUUGCCUGAGUGCUCCAAGUGGAAACACCAUGGAAACCAGGAGCCAUGGUUUCUGGCUCUGUUGGCUCGUGAAGCACGACUAAUAAAAAGGGAUGCCAAUUUAAAAGUAGAAUCAUCUUUCCAGCAGAAAAAGUUGAGGAUGCAUCCUUCAAUGUAUGAAGAAGAUGUCCUUAAUCACCAAUCUGUCGAGAAAUCAAGAUGCAGUCAAAGGCUUCCUGUAGCCAAGUGUCAGUCGUGUUCCUGUUGCAAUUUACCCCCUCACUGUAAAGUUGCUGUGCCUCAAAAGACAGAACAGGGAUAUAGUGCCAAGGAAUCACUUCUUCUGAAUGUUGAAGAUUCAGACAGAAAUAAAAUAGAUCAUAUCUCCAUGGAUGACCCACCUGAAAGAGAAGUCUGUGUGGGUCCUGAGUUUCAAGCUGAAGUCCCUGAGUGGACUGGUGUGAUUGUUGAAAGUGAUCCCAAGUGGCUAGGCAAACAGAUGUGGCCUCCUGAAGAUGUUAAAGAUGAACCUGUUUUUGGAUUGGAUCGUAUUGGUAAGGGAAGACCAAAUGCAUGUGAUUGUCCAUUUCCAGGUAAUGUUGAGUGCAUUAGGUUCCACAUAGCAGAAAAGAGGCUGAAACUGAAGCGCGAACUUGGGUUGUUGUUCUAUAAAUGGAGAUUUGAUCACAUGGGUGAGGAGGUUUCACUUUCUUGGACAGCAGAACAUGAAAAGAAAUUCAAGGACAUGAUAAGGUUGAAUAGUGCAUCCACAAACAAGUUUUGGAGCAAUGCUUUCAGAAUUUUUCCUUCAACGACAAGGGAUAAGUUGGUUAGCUAUUACUUCAAUGUUUUCCUUGUUAGGCGCAGGAGUUACCAAAAUCGGGUGACCCCAAAGGAUGUCGACAGUGAUGAUGACGAAAGAGAAUGUGGGUUGAUAGGAGACAGUUUUGGUUAUAAAGCGAUUUAUGUUCCAGAGUCCAGACUACCAAUCUGCUUUGAGAAUAAGCAGUGUGCGGAAUUAGACUAAUGUACUGGGAAUUUUCUCU